UGAUCCAUUUUUUGAUGAUACAACACAUGAUAAUAAAGGUCGUUUACAAAAACAAACUGAAAUAUUUUAA